AUGGCACCACAUCUUGCAGACCCUCAGGUUCCGGAACACAUGGACGUCGAGCCGUGGGCUCCGCUGUCCCGAGCCGGAGGCACCUGCCAAAUGGAGCGAAGACCUUCCGUGCUGCCUCUGCCGCCAGCGAAGCGCCGUCGCGCUAUCACUUCUGUUGCGAGACAGUCCAGUUGGCAGAGCUGCGAAAUGCUGGGCACGGAAAUUGAUCUCGGGGAGCUUUGGGUGCGUAUGCUGUGUUUCGAGGAGCACUGGCUCAGCCAUGACCUGGAGCUAUAUUCGCACAGGUCUCCGGUGGGCCUGCGCCUGGGCAUCAGCUGGGGCAAGGCGAUCAGCCAAGCUGAACUUCGCAUGCACUGCGAGACAUCUGGGAGACGUCUGGCGGCCGACGGGGCAACGUGCGCGGAAAAAGCUGCAGCGACUGAAGUGCAGACAGAGGAGGGGCUUGUAACAGCAGAUGCUGGCUCUAGACAGCUUUUGGGAAGGACAGUGCGCAAGUUGAAGGCACAGUCUGUGCGCUUUGAAGACCUCCAGACCUCGGUCCAGGCUUCCGAAGUCUAUUUCAAGACAGCACAGAGAGAGCUGAUGGCCACUUGUCCCCUCAGCUCUGGAGCCGCAGGCUCCCGCGAGCUGUUUUUUCUGCGGAGCGGACUGGAAUCGAGGGUUCCAUGCUGGUGCGCUGCGUCCCCCUGGCCCUGGCUGCUGCUGCCGCAUCAGCGGAAGGCUCGCUGCCGGCCCGCCAGCUCAUGCGUGCAGAGUUUGAUGCGAGGACUGAUGCAGACGGGACGGUCAGACUUCUGGACUCUUACAUCCGGCAGGCCAGCACUUGUGUGGCACGUGGUCAAUGCGAGCAAUUUGGCAGCAAUGGACUGCUCAAACAUGGUGCUGCACAACACGGGGUUGUCGGAUCUUCUUCAGGGCGACUGCGUUCGAUCCAAGGCCGAAUGUGGCUCCGCCUACUGCCCCAACGACUGGGUGAGCUUUGAGGUGGACUACUCGGGACAGAAGGUGAUCAAGUCUGAAUGCAGAGUGCAGGCGGAAACAGAAUGUGGGGUAAAUUGCAAGUCCCGGAAAGCCGGUGUUUGCAGCACAAGAAGUCGAGCAGACUGUGCACACGGCUUUGAGAUGACCGGCUCCGUGGGCUAUCUUUGCAAAUGGAACAAUGGUGAUGGAGUGUCUCUCGUGCUGCACACCGGCUUCCUAGUCGUGCGUCCUGCAGAGGAACGCUUGGACAGCGGCCAUGAAAAGUUUACGUCAGAGAUCGAGACGAAGUGCCAAGAGGUCGAUGCCGAGCUGUCAAAGCGGGCGGCAGAGAGCCAGCAGGCAUUGUCCGAGAUCUCGGCACGACUGCAGGAUGUUGAGUCGCACGGCGAAGCUGCAGCGCGGGGUCUUCGAGCCUUGGAGCCCUUCAUCGAGCGGGUGACCUCCAGGCUUGAGGAUGUUGAGCAGCUGCAGCCCGUCGUUGACAACAUCAGGUCUGAGCUUUCCGCAGCGAGCCAGAUCUUGCGCACGACCAUUGCUGCAGAAGGCAAGCGUGCAGAGGAAAGCCUCCAGACCUUGCGGGAAGAUCUGAUCUCUUGCCAGGAAUCUGACAGACUCCGCUUGGCAAAGGACUUGCAGGAGGUGAGGAAUCUCGCAGAGGCCGCAUCGGAACGUGCACAAGAACUGGACGCUGCUCUUGUUUCCGGGAAGGAGGAGGAAUCCCGAGCCCUGGAGCGGCUGCGAGAGGAGGCGGUGGCAGCGAACCGAAACAUCCAAGCCGUCGAGGCUCGCUUGCACGACUUGCGAAGUGGAACGGCGGCGAAUCUGCAAGGCUCCGAGCAGCGACUCCAAGACCUCUUCAGAGAAGCGCUACAUGCCGCUACCGACAAAGCUUUUGCGCAGGACCAGGUGGUCAGCAAGAGACUGGAAAGCGAACUACAUGUUCAAAUUGGGGCGGUGUCGGCAGAGAUCAAGGAGCUGAAGUCUGUGUCCAUGGACAGUUCGGAGAAGCUCCGCGCGGUGGAGCAAGAGUUCUCGACCCUGGCAGAGAAGCUCGAGCGGGUCAAGGGCCAGGGCAUCUCGCAUCAGUGGAAGAUCCCUCACUGUCUCCGAAGGCUUCGGUACCUGUCCUUGCUGGCAGAACCUGGCCUGUGGCUGGACUCGGACCGCUUCUAUUUGGGUGGACUGGGGCCGUUGGAGAUGCGGCUUUACGCCAAAGGGCUCCGAGGUGGCGACGGGCAAUGUUCGCUUGCCCUGCGCUUGCCUUCAGAGGCCGCCGCAAAGUUUGCUCUCCCCAUGAUGGUAGACCUCACUGUUGCAGCGCAGACCAUUCGAGCUGGCCAAACCACAGACCCUGAAGGCAGUGACUGCAUCAUCUGGCUCGCCGAGUCUCUGGGCAUACUCGAAGAUCAUUUGGCUGAUGAGCUCGCUGACUUGUCACUGGCGGCUGAGCUGCCGCUGCUGCCGGCACCAGCUUUGCUGGCCAGCUGCACGAGCUGCCCGACUUUGUCUCCUCCAGGGACCCGAGAUGACCUCUGCACUCUUGACGGCACCGAGGAGGCUGCAGUGACUGACCCGCUGGCGACAUUGUCGUCAACGUCUCGGGCGAGAGAUAUGCGUGGGGUGGCGCAGGUUCCGACGCGAGCGAACGAAGCUGCGCCGUCGGCUGCGGGGACGGGGGCACCGCUCCCUACCCUUCUGGGGACGACAGAGAGCCAGCCCAGUGGAGUGUUUGCGCUUCGCAGCUCAUGGGGGGCUUCCUGCACUCUGCCAGUGAGCAAGGCCUCCGGUCCCUUCGAUGAGCAAAUCUCACCUCUGGGGUCUCUCUUGGGUCAUGGACAAAGGAAUCCAGUGGCCAUUCCUGCGGACGAUGCAGCCAGAUAG